AUGUCACGAGCAGCCGAACGCUGUUUUCUCUGAUGUUUGUUCCACAGGAGCUGGUUCUUGCAGCCGGUGUUGGAUCUGCUGUGGAGGAUGAGCAGCUCUUCUCCCUUCUCCAGGUCGCUGUCGGAGGAGAGGCCCGUUGCUGCCCUGUGGGGCUGCCAGCUGAACACGGGCACACGGAGCUGCAUGGUGAAGGAAGACGAUGACUUCUUGGAGCACCUGGUUCUGCUGAGAACGAUCUGCCUGGGAGCUGAGGCCAGUGACGAGCUGCACGUGGUGGCCGUUGAUUCGAAAAACACCUACGGAGACCACAAGCCGGUACCCAUCGCAGCGCUGCGGACCUCGGUGCUCCCCAUGAUCAGCCUCAAAGAUCUGGAGCUGGUCCCUCCCGUCACCUUUGUGCUCAAGUGUGGAGCUGGACCGGUCUAUCUCAGUGGGCAGCACGUCACCCUGGAAGAUGAUGCCAAGCCUGAAGCCCACGAGGAAGAGCACUUGGAGGAAGAUGUUGGCGAUGAGGAUAAUGAUAGAGCAUCAUAG